UAAUUUUAUUAUCGGUUUUGAUAAUUGAAGUAUUAUUAUCUAUUAUGUCAUCAGUAUCCAAAGACAAUUUUAAUAAUAGUUUGAGAUUUUCUCUAAAAACAUCCAUGGGAAAAUAUUCAUUUGAUGAAACUGAUCGACAGUCGUGGUCUACAGUUCAACGAAAAUUGGAGUGUUGUGGAGUAGAUACACCUAGAGAUUGGUCCAUUAUAUUCCCAGAAAAUCUAGUUCCUGUUUCAUGUUGUCAAAAUUUACCAGUUGAAUUAGGUGCAUUAUGCAGGAAUUUAUUUGACGAAAGAAUAAUUUAUCAAAAAGGAUGCUACAACGGAUUAAACAAUCGAGUGAAGACUAGAUUAACAAUUAUAAUGUAUGUUGCUUUGGCAUUUGGUCUUUUCCAGGUGAUCGGCGUCGUGUUAGCUUGUUUUUAUACGUAUCUAUUGAAAAAUGGUCAAGGAAGCAAGUAAGAUAAUUAUCGUUUUUUUUUUUUAAUGAGAAGUUGUAAAAUUGCUGUACAUAUACUCAUCAUACAACUUGUAUAUAAAACAAG